AUGGACAUUUCCAAUCUUGGAGGCAACCUCAUGAGUUUGGAAGUUCCAGGGGCCCUCAGGUGGCAUGAGCUGCACUACAAGAAAUGGCAUCUACAACUACUCCGAUGUUUCUUGGAGGAAAUGGUUACUGAUGCCACGGCAGGAGUGUCUGUGUGCGUAUACCACUUCCUUGUUUGUGGCUGGUAUAUUUUUCUCAUCUGUUGUUUCUCCUUCCAAAGAUCAAAGAAGCAUGUAUCACAAAUGUUCCCGUAUGGAGGCGAGUGGAAAUACUUGACAGUGCUGAAUCUGCUCUUACAGGCCAUUUUCUACAGGCUUGCCGGCUUGGAUGACAUGACACAAGGACUGAAGAGAAAUAAAGAUUUUCAGUGGGUAACUCCUUCCAGAGAUCUUCUCUUCAAAACCCUGGCUUUUCCUCUGGCUACAUUUAUGUUUAUGGCAUUCUGGAUACUCUUUCUGUAUGACCCAAAGCUGAUUUACCCUAUGUUCCUGGAUGGAGUCUUUCCAAAAUGGUUGAAAUCAUUGUAUGCCCAUUGCUGUGUUGCCUUUUCCAUGAUGGAGGCAGUUUUACAUCUGCAUCAGUAUCCAUCCAAGAAAAAAGGGCUCACUAUAUUAGCCUGUACUAACAUUGCCUACAUCUGCUGGAUUCUUCAGAUUUACUCUGUAACCAAAAAAUGGGUGUACCCUAUAUUUGCAAAGCUCAGUCCAGGGAUUACAGCCUUCCUCUCUGCCAACUAUAUCUGCCUUGUCUCCUCUUAUCUACUUGGAGAAUGCUUUAACAGGAUGAUUUGGGGUGCCAGUUUCUCCCAGGAGUUCCAACUCCCCCUCUCCCAAGGUCGGCAGGCUUUUGCUCCUAAAGGGUUGCUGCCUGCUCUGCUGGCUAUCAUUCUCUACCACAGCAAACUUCUGAAGCCUGGAGCUGGGGUGUCCACUGCCAUAGAAGAUGGAGGAGAAACCAAAAAUGAUGACAAUUUGAUGAGGAUGACAGUGCAUCAACAAGGAGUGUCAAUAUGGGAAAACUCCUUGGUGAGCCAACAUCAGGAGUGGCAGACCUCAGAGUCUUCAAUCAUGUUGACAACGGUGGAGAUCUCCACUUUGGGCAGGAUCAAUUAA